UCGCCGUCCGGAUCCACUUGCGCUGACAGCCUCCCUCCACCUCUAUUCCUCUGCUGCACACACACUUCCACACUAACACACACACAUGCAUGCAUGCAUACUAUCACCUCUUGUUUCCCAGUGCAGACUUCCAGUACGGAGCCAUGGAGCCCGGAGAUGAAGAGAUGAUGCUGGAGGAGCUUUAGUGGCUAAUUUUGUUAACAUAAAAAAAAAAACCCAAACAAACAAACAAAAAACUAGAGCAAUGUUGAUGCAACAGCACGCUUUUUGUUUGCGUUGUCCAGAAUAGGAGCGUUUCAGCAGGAUCUGAGUUCCGGCACUCUCCUGGAUCUUCUUCCCACUGAAGGAUGCUCAGUUCUGAACGCAAUCAGGAAUAUUCCAAGUAUCGUUCUUUUGGCUGCUGCCCUUGACAGAUGACAUUUUGAGCGAUGUCAGGGAAAUGAGUCGUCGUCUCCUGCUGGACUUCUUGAACUAGACUCCAGAUUAUCAAAGAAGCCGACUGGGGAGUUCCUGUUUUUUUUUUUUUUUUGGUUUUUUUUUGCACCAGAGAUCAGAUUUCCCCCCAUGCUUUUCUGACUUGCCCGAGCCAAAAUCUUUUGGCGUCUGACUAAGAGAUGACCCAGGAACAGUGCAGUCAUAGGAACAAUGUCCAGACAUCAGAGAAACCACAAGUGUACAAAGUGGGAAUCUACGGCUGGAGGAAACGCUGCCUUUACUUCUUUGUGCUGCUGCUGAUGAUCCUCAUCCUCAUCAACCUGGCGCUCACCAUCUGGAUCCUCAAGGUCAUGAACUUCACCAUCGACGGCAUGGGCAGCCUCAGAAUAACAGAAAAGGGCAUCAAACUGGAAGGGGACUCGGAGUUCCUACAACCACUCUAUGCCAAAGAAAUCCAGUCCAAGCCAGGUCGUCCACUAUUCCUGCAGUCGUCCAGAAACGUGUCGGUCAACAUCGUCAACACCAACAACCAGCUGCUUACGCAACUUGUAACAGGUUCCAGCGGAUUCAAAGCACGAGGAAAGAUGUUUGAGGUCAAAUCCACAUCUGGGAAGCUCCUCUUCUCGGCCGACGAGCAGGAGGUUGUGGUGGGGGCCGAGAGGCUCCGAGUGAUGGGGGCCGAAGGAGCCGUUUUCAGCAAGUCUGUGGAAACACCCCACGUUAGAGCCGAGCCGUUCAAAGAGUUGCGGCUGGAGUCGCCCACUCGCUCUCUACUAAUGGAGGCCCCCAAAGGCAUCCAGAUCCUGGCCGAAGCCGGAGACAUCCAAGCCAUCUGCAGGAAUGAGCUGCGACUGGAAUCCAAGGACGGAGAGAUCUCUCUGGACGCUCGCAGGAUUCGCCUGAUGCAACUGCCCGAGGGAAAAGCCUCAUCCGGCAGCUCCUCGUCCUCCGGCACCAGGCAGAUGGUCUACGAGGUCUGCGUUUGCCCCAACGGGAGACUUUACCUCUCACAGGCCGGGACGGGGUCCACCUGCCAGAUCAGCGACAGCGUCUGCCUCUAGGACUGAACCAUCCAGCCAAUCAGGAACACUCACAGGUAUUCCCGAAUUGAGACUGAUUCACAACAGACAUGGAAGCAUGAACAGUCGCUCGGACUCGUAUUUUUGUAAAAAAAAAAAACAAAAAAAAAAGAGUGGAAAAACCUCUGGACACUGUAUUUAUUAUGUGGUAUUAUGUCACUUUCUACAUGGAGAACAGUUGUAUUAAUUCAAUCCACUAGAUUAACUGAUUAACUUUUUUUUUUUUUUUUUAAACGAUCCCAAAGGAGCCUCUUAUCUCCGCUCUAUUGGGAAUAUCAACGGGGCUCCAGAGUAUCGAUUUUAAUGGCGCGAUCCAAACUGCCAUACUUCUUCAUUGUGAACACAAGACGACAAGACAACCACUAGGGUGAUCACCCAUGGCAACAGGCCACGCCCACUCAUCUUCACUUUUUGCCUUUUUUUUGUAAGGAUUUACCACGGCAUGAACGGCCCCCAAACAAGGACCGCUACGUGUCAAAUGCUUCUCAAACCUUUUCCACCAAGUGCCACCUCCCAAAUGUUUCGUUUGUCGUCACUGCUAAUCGGCUUAUGAAAUGCGUUUGUUGUUUUUUUGCUUUCAUCUUUGACUUGUAGUGGAUUCUUAAAAACAGCAGAGCUCUCCUGUCAUAUAGAAGAUCUUUUUUUUUUUGCUAUUUUUGUCGACUGGCUUAAAAAUCCAAUAAAUUCCACACCUCAAAUUAAUAUAACUAUUAUCUGAUGUUGCAGCGUACCACUAGAUGGAGCCUGCGUACCACCACCCUACCACAGUUUGAGAAUUUUUGACCAAAAAAAAAAAUGGGAAUAUUUUUUAUUGAAAUAUUCACUGCAGUUUCAUAGCUGAUUGUUUUUCAGGAAUUUCAAUUCAUCUUGCAGAUGAAUGAACGUUCCGGGGAAUUACCAGUGCUGAACUCCAUUUCCAGAAAAAAAAGAAAAAAAAAUGUAAUUGACUUUUCAGCAUCCCUUAAUGCAAAUUAUUUUUUUACCUAUCAUAUUCAACAUAAAGUCCAUCCUGCUCUGUGGUCACCCUACUUGUUUCUUGCACUGGGAAGCCAUUUUUGUAACAAAGAAAGUGAAGAAGAACUACAAGAACAUUUUUCAAACAAAAGCAAAUGCGAGAGCCACUCUGUUUGAAAGAGGGGGGAACUGUGCCUUGUGCCUUACGUCGACGCACUUGUGGCAAAAAGAAGAAGAAGCACAUCACCUCCACUUUCUUUUGGCAUCGACAUGACCUCCACUUUUUCUUUGUUCCGUUUGCCUUUUCCUGUCCGUCUGAAUGCAAAGACCUCCUCUUCAUUUUUGUUCUACUAAUUAAAUGUCAACAUAGGACCCAAAAAAGUCACCUAAACUUAUUUGAAGCCUGCUAGCUUGCAGUACUUCGUCUAAUAGACGCUGUGUCUCCAUGAAUUGAACAACGCUGCACCUCAAAUCGAGAUCCUUUAAGGAAAACUGUACUUUUAGGUGAGGGGGAUUUCAUCUGUCACAAUCCUUAUGUGAGACAUGAACAUUUCUGUUGUCUGUAUAGAGAAAAACUGCAAUAAUGCAAUGUAAACGGAUUCACCUAUUCCACCUACAAAGCGCUCUAAAUUAAAUUAAAACACCUGUAAAAACUCUAAUAUGUAAUACCUGCAGUAUUUUGCUCAUUUUAAGCUUGAUUUCACUAAGCCCAUAGCAACAAACGUUUGCAAUCACUAAUUUUGACUUUGACACCCUCCAGGAAGACGGAAACCUUGCUGGGUGCUCAGCAGAUCCAGCUAGUAUAGCCAUUCCCAUAGCAUUAGCAUGUAGCAUAAGUGCUAAAUGGUUCAUUGACGAAAUAAAACCAUCGCGAAACAUUUACAUUUACAAUGUCAGCUCUCAACGGGGGGCAGCACGGCGGUCGAGUGGUCGAGUGGUCUCACAGCUAGGAGACCAGGGUUCAAUUCCACCCUCGGCCAUCUCUGUGUGGAGUUUGCAUGUUCUCCCCGUGCAUGCGUGGGUUUUCUCCGGGUACUCCGGUUUCCUCCCACAUUCCAAAAACAUGCUAGGUUAAUUAGCGACUCCAAAUUGUCCAUAGGUAUGAAUGUAAGUGUGAAUGGUUGUUUGUCUGUAUGUGCCCUGUGAUUGGCUGGCCACCAGUCCAGGGUGUACCCCGUGUACUCUCGCCCGAAGACAGCUGGGAUAGGCUCCAGCACCCCCACGACCCUCAUGAGGAAAAAGCGGUAGAGAAUGAAUGAAUGGGAUGCUGACUGAUGGUAUGUCUGUAUCUUCCAGCACACACUACAGUAGCUAGAAAAGUAGUUCUUUGUUGUCAGCUCUUACAACAACAAUGUUGCCGUAGUGUGGUUAUUAUGUAGGUCAUGUUAUGUUAAUGGAACAUGGUUGGUGGUUUUUUUUUUUUUUUUAGAGGGCUUUAUAUGUGCUUCCCAUUAAGUGCAUUAGCUGCCUUAUGCUAGCUCUCCUUAGAAUGCACAGAAAAGGGAGAUACAUGUCUCGCAUAAGGAUUGUGGCUUUUUUUUUUGUGCAGUUUUCCUUUUAAAAAUACAGUCCAGUCAUAUACUAUAGAGCAGUGGUUCUGAACUGGUUUGUUUAACUGGCGGUAAGACAUCCCCCCCCCACAAUCACAUAAGUAACCCAAAAUCUGGAUAUUUUUCAACUCACGUCUUCAUAAAAAGAUAGGGCAGUUUGAAGUUGAGGUUGUGCAACAUGUGUGCUGCUGUGUGCUGUGUAGCGCGUGGGGGAAAUGUAGAGGUUACCCAGCAUGCCUUGCGGUUUGUAUAGUUUUGCAUGUAUGUCAGUGUGUGUAAGUGUUAUUUGGAUCCCUGCACAGUCUGUGUGGUGCAAUUGCUUCGUGUGUUCCUUUCGUGUUGACUUGCGUCGGUUUUGUUCUCACCGCGAGCGCUACAAAGCGUUUUGUGUUGAUAACCUCCUGUCCGUUUGUGCUGUGUUGGCAGAGAGUAAUUGCUGGCUGAUUGAUGCAAAUAAAAGAGCACUUCCUUAAAGCAAGCUGAACUUUUCCUCUCACCGUAAUAUCGCAAUAUCUUCUUCCAGAGAGGACGAUUAAUAGGUAACAACCGUCUGCAUGAAAAAUUCCUUUCAGAAAAAUAAAUAAAUUGCGCGGGCAGGGACUUGGAACCUACCAAUUGAGAACCACUGCUGUAGAGGAGUGUUUUUGAAAUUGUGUCCUUAAAAAACAGCAAAGCCCACCUGUUAUAUUUAUGUAGUAGGUCCUAAAUAACAGCAGCACACCCACUUAAAUAAAUGUCACAUCUCCAGUGUUUUUUAUUCUUUAAGCAAACCAAGUCAUGAGAUGUAAAAAUAAAAA